GCUUCGCACCGAGAGCACAUUUAUACCAGGAUAUAAAAGAAGGCAAAGGUUAUUGAAGAGGAAAUUAUUUCUUCCACAAACCAAGCGUAUAUGUGUACAGUAAUUGACUGUGUGAUUGCGUUGAGAGGUACCGCUCGAGGAAAGAAGUUGUUCCUGUGUCUUGUGGUUUUUUGGAGCGUGUUCUCUGUGUGUCGAGGAUCAUUGAUUGAUUGAUUGAUUGAUUUUGCUUGCGUGUUUCCUGGUGCAGGUUCUGCAAGGUGAGAAGGUUACGAGUGUCCUCUCUGCUUGCUGAUUGGAUGAACACCACACUGACUGACUGAGGUAGACUCGGGAUUUUAUGAAGGGCUGGUGUAAUUCCGAGGAAACAAUCGGGACUUUCAUGCACGCGUUGUCUUGACUGAUCUCCAAGUAUCGCAGUUUGUAGGUUCUGCGCGCGCUGCUUCGUUGAGGUUUGGACCUGACGAUGGCUCGUCCUCCCCCAGACCCUGUGUUUACUCUGAGGGGAUCGGCCGCCUCUGUUAACACGCUCCACUUUCACUGCGCUGAGGCGGGACUUCCUCUGCUGUACUCGGGAUCAGGAAAAGGUUUAGUCCACGUGUGGAAUCUGAACACCCGACGAGCCGAGAACGUUUUAGACGGCCAUUCUGGAGCUUCGGUUAUCUGGGUCAGCACCGUUCGCUCCACAAACACCUUCCUCAGUCAUGGUCGGGAUAUGCAAGUGUGUGUGUGGGAUUUGCACGAGGGUCGCAGCACAGUAGCGCAUUCGUUGCACACAGGAAGCGUCGGGUUCUGCCAGUGUUGUCUUCUGGAGGCUGAUGGAAGUAAAACCCUGCUUGCACUUCCAGCAGAAAACAUGGAGGAGACAGACGCCGGUCCGCUGCUUUGUGCCGGUUAUGAAGACGGUUCUCUUGUGAUUUGGGACGUGUCCUAUAGGCGUCCUGUCAGCUGCCUGAAGGUCCAUCCUGAACCCGUCAUGUGUCUGGACUUUGACGUCGGCAGGCAAAAAGGCAUCUCCGGUUCCUCGGACAAGAACCUCUGCUCCUGGAUGCUUGAUGGCCAGCAGAACCUUCAGAUUCAGGACUCCGUGCCACUGACCAAUCCUGGGGUGUCCCGUCUACGUAUCCGUGGUGACGGUAAGAUCGUAGCGGCAGCCGGCUGGGACGGAAGCGUGCGGAUUUUCGGCUGGAAGAAGAUGAAGCCGCUUGCUGUCCUGCAGCACCACAAAGAUUUGGUUCACAGCGUGGCCUUCUCCGACCAUCCGGAGCCUUCGAGACGUCUGAUGGCAGCAGGUUCUAAGGAUCAGCGCAUCAGUCUCUGGUCUAUUUACACAGAGAGCUGAGUUAUAGAUUAACCUUCUUCACUUAUUGGGUACAAAAUGCGACUGUAUGGAUAUUAAGGUUGCAACGAAGCAUCUUAGCAGUUUUCUCCCUCUUCAAAGGUUCUUGCUAACUUGCAUCACAUUACAAGAAAAGUGGGUUUUGAACAGGCUUAAAAGUUUGAGCUUGGCACACAGAUACACACAAAGCUCGAUGAUGGAUUUUAUGACUGGGGUUCUUAUGCAGCCCUGUACUUCCAGCCAGAAGGAUGAACAAUCAAUAAUAAUCAAUUAAAUAACUGAGACGUGAAUGGAAUGAGUCUUUAAGAAUACUUUCAGAAAACUCAGAGACCAUAUGCCUAAUAAUUCAAGCCAUGUGUUCCAGCAUGGCUCCCAUUUCUUUGUGUUUAUCUGUGGCUAUUGAAGUUAACACAAGCCUCCAUCUGCUCUGCACUCCAGGCCUGAGCUAAGUCCCAGAACACAGUGACGGAGCAUCCUUCACCAAACACCAUCAAACACAAAUGUUGGGUUGGGCUCGUCAUACCUGUGUGCGAAUGUUGGGAAUUGUCUAGAAUGUUCUUCGCCAUUCACACGGGUUCAUUAAGCUUGGCAGUUCUUUGACUGGAAUGUAAGCCAAGUCGAAUGACAUCUGAGUGGUGUGUAGUGGAAAAUGUUAGAGUUUAAUAAAUAAUGUUGGGUUGAUGUGUGUUGGGAGCUAGCAUACAGCAUUACUGCUGAAACACUUCUACAUCAAGUGGCAUCCUGUAAUGAACAAUCUCUUGUCAGGUAAUCCAUUAACCGUCUUUACCAAGCUUAAAGCUCAAAAGGUCAAACGUAUUGUUUCAAUUCAUCAAGCAUGGUCAACUUAAUACCGCACAAACACAAACUGGCUGUGUUUUAAUCCGUUAUAUUGUCAGCCACAAAGCUGAACCGUUUUCCGUCUACACUGUUUACUUUCCUGCUCCGAUAGAUUUGUAUUUGCGCACUCAAGUCGCACCUGAGCGGCUGCACAUAACUCAUGGUUUGUUUUCUUAGAAACCGGUGGCGAGCUUAAACGCUGCCCUGUGGACUGACCCCGCCUGCAUUCAUCACACCAAGUUAAUCAGUAGCGCACGGACAGGCCUGUUUGUUAGCAAGAUUCAUUGGGCCUGCUUAGCUAAGAAACAGAUCUGUUGAAGCAGGCACAUGAAUGGCGACACUGAUUGUGUUAUUGUGUUUUAUUACACUGAAAUCUGUUCUAAUUAAACAGUGAGAGUGUGACGGAUUAGUCAACUGGUUUUUUAAAUAAAUUCGUGUUUUUUUUGUUUUUUUUUUAAAUUUGGGUGUGUGCUGUAGUUCCACAAAUUCACCAUCGCUAUAUGUCAGGAUCGCUAUUACUCCUUAAUAAAAACUCAGAAAUAAAGGUACCAAUCGGCACUUUUCAUUGUCUGUAUGGUAGUACGUUGAGACUUUUAUAUAGGAAGGUAUAUGUGGUGUAUAUUUAGCUUUUAGUAAAGUUUUAGCAGUACAUCAGUGGUCCAAUUAUUUACCGUAACUUUUAUUUAUUUAUUUAUUUAUUUUUAAGGUAAAAUGUGUACUAAAGGUACAAAAGAUGUACCAUCGAUGGUACCAACCCAGUGACAAGGUGGUACCUUUACGUCUAAGAGUGCAGGGAACACCAAAGCAUUUUAUAACCCGCCAUUAUCAAAAAUUUUCCCGCCAGAAACUACAUUUCCUAUGACGUCUUUUUUUUAUUUUAUUUUUUUUAUUCUCGCAUUAUUCCCAUUCAAAUGUCAUCAUUUACCUCACAUAUAGCGUUUAAGUAAUAAGUUAAUUGUUAAAUUAUAUAUAAUAUAUAUAUUAAAUAUAAAUUAAUAUUAAUUCAAGUUCAAGGGUUGUUUUUUUUUUCUCAGUCACGCGGGGAUUCACGCGACUCUUCUUCUGUCAGACGAAAUGGCGGGAAAACAUCAAAACGCCUCGCGCAGUUUGGAAUAUCCCAUCUGACUGUACAGGAAGAAGAGAGGGGGGGUUCUUGUAGAGGAAAAAUAACAGCGGGCGAGUCGCCGGCCGGAGGAAGGUGGAGGAAGACAAAACCACUUCAAUUCACUACGGACCUUCAUAAAAUCGGUCCUUGUCAUCUCUGGACAUCCUUUCGAAGUUUUGUCCGUGACCUCUGGCCCAAUUCCCCCCUCCCCGAAAUGAUAAUGGCUUCCUACCUCCGUCUCCUGUAGACUUCGAAUACACCCAACAAAGACUUCCGCUAUCUGUAAUAAAUCAAUUCGCCAGUGUUUCUGCGCAUGCGCGGAGAUGCCACCUAUACAAUAUAUAUAUGUACUUUAUUGGCCGUAUAAUGCACGAUUUUGUUUCUUUUGUCCGAAAAUAAUCGUAUGAAACCGAUGUACUACCUAGAAUUAGUGUCUAGUCGAUGUACCUUCAUUUUCAUAAGGGUUUUUUUUUGUUGUAAUGCUCAUGACAAAUAAAAUUCAACAGGAAUUAUUUUAUAUUAUAAUAGGUUAAUUGACAGAUUACUGGUUUAAUUAUUAUUCAGUAUUAUCGUCGCACUUCUUUUUUUUUCUUAAAGGUUAUUUUAGUUAUUAGAAAG